GUCUCCCGGAGCUACAGAGGCUCCCUACUCUUUUGAAACUGUUGUGUCAUUCAUUAGCCAAGGACAAAUGCCAGAUAAUCGAAAUACUGCAUCAAUUAAUUCUUGUGAGUCUUUUUUUAGAACUACCAAAGCACAAAAUAAUGAUUCUUUAAUCAUUAAUCCAUAUCAAAAUAUCACUUCUGUUGAAACUCCUCUCAAUAUCUACCCAUACGGAGCUGCUAAAAUAUCUUCAAAUAUGUUCCCUUUCGUUUAUGAGGGACCAGCGCAAGAUAAUAACCUUUUAAUUAUUAAUCCAUAUCAUUAUCCUCUACUAGCCAUUUUAACAAUUUCUCUUCUAGCUGUUAAAGUAUCACAAAAUGCUUUCCUUUUCGUUCACGAAGGACCUGCACAAAAUAAUGAUCCAUUAAUCAUUAAUCUAUAUCCAAAUAUCACACCAUCCUUUAAUAGUUAUUUAAAUAAUUUCUCCUCUUUAGAAACUCCAAAUCCUUAUAAUAAUAUCAUUCCUUCUUCCAAUAUUUACGCUUAUAGAACUAAUGAACAAUCAUUUUUGCUUCCAUUCUCCCCUUUCAUUCGAUCAAUGCAAAAUAAUGAUCCUUUAACUAUUGACCUAUCUCAAAGUACUAAUAAUUCAAAUUAUUUAUCCUCUUUUGAGACUACAAAUCUUUAUAAUAAUUAUUACUACUCCUCUUAA